UCACAUCUUCCCCUCCAGCUCCUCACAUAGUUUGCCGGCGACACAACUCACAAGGAAAUCCACAAUUUCCCCCACAACUCAGCUCUGACAACCGAGAUACCCCAGUCGAUGGCACACAACUAUCAAGGUGGCUAUCAGCCACCCUACCAAGGCCAGCCCCCGCCCCAAGGAUACGGACAACCUCCACAGCAAGGCUACCAUCAACCUCCUCCAAUGCAGAACCAGCAGUAUCCCGUACAGGGUCACCAGCCUCAGCAAGGUUGGGGUCAACCGCCGCCUCCAGGACAGUACGGCGCGCCCCCGCCGAAUUCCUAUGGCGCUCCUCAGGGCCAGUACGGAGCUCCUCCGCCCCCACAGCAGGGCUACGGCGCACCUCCUCCAGGGCAUUAUCAGCAACCACCACCUGGCCAGUAUGGCGCGCCCCCGCCGAAUCAGUACGCUCCUCCGCCUCAAGGCCAGUACGGUGCUCCACCUCCACAAGGACAAUAUGGCGCGCCACCACCGCAGGGACAGUACGGAGCCCCUCCUCCACAUCAUGGAGCACCACCGCCUGGUCAGUUCCAUGGCGGUUUCGGCGGUGGCCCACCUGCCCAGCCAUCGCUCGGAUACGGGCCCCUGCCGAUCGCGAACAUGGACAUGAGUGCGGACGUCGAAGGCAUUCGCAAAGCCAUGAAGGGCUUUGGCACCAACGAGAAGGUCUUGAUAGGUAUAGUGGCCAAGAAGGACCCUAUCCAAAUAGCUACUAUUCGCGCGCAAUACAGCCAGCGUCUGAUGCGAAACCUGACCGAGGAUCUCAUUGCGGAGCUAAGCGGGUACUUUGAGAAGGGCAUGGUUGAAAUCUGCCGAGGACCGCUGGAAUCUGACUGCUACAAUCUCAUGGAGGCAAUGAAGGGGUUAGGCACCAACGAAGUUGUCCUUGACGACGUCCUUGUUGGCCGGAGCAACGCCGACGUAAACGCUAUCAAGCAGAAGUAUCACCAGCUGUUCAAGCGGACACUCGAGGCAGACCUUCGAGGCGAUCUAAGCGGAGGGACUCUAGACAUGUACAUGAUGAUCAUUGCAGCACACCGCGCCGAAGACUCACAGCCGGUCAAUCCCCAGGAGGUCGACCAAGACGUAAACGCGCUUCACCACGGUCUCGGUACCAUGUUCAGUAAGAAUGGAACGCAAGUCUGCCAGAUUCUCACCUGCAAGAACGACGCCCAGCUGCGUGCCAUCUCCACAGCUUACCAGCAACGCUUCCACAAGGACUUCGACAGCGCUCUCAGAACCACGUUUUCGGGCCACAUGCAGGAAGCUCUUCGCCUGCUCGUCCACCGAGCCAACAACCGCGCAGAUGCUGAGGCUAUCAGGUUGGAAGACUCGAUGGCGGGUCUGGGCACCAAGGACGUCCUCCUAGUCCAACGUGUCGUCCGCUGCCACUGGGACAGGAACUUCAUGGGCGCUGUCAGCGCGGAGUACAAGCGUAGAUACAAGAAGGAUUUGGUUAAGAGGAUAGAGGGUGAGAUUCGAGGCGAUUACGAGAGGCUUAUGGUUGCGUGCGUGAAGCCUUGAUCAGUGGUAGAGAUUUGGUAGGAGGUGGUGUUUGGGAGUCCUGCUUUCGUGAUAUCAACUUUUCUUCUUCUUCUCUUCUUGCCCCUUUACUUCUUGGGGUCGGUGAUAGGGACAAGAGCACGCGUACCUCGAUGUGUGAGUCCGAUGGAGUAGCUUUACCGUAUGAAUAUUUCACUACAUUG